UAUACCCUUAACUUCCAUAGACAAAUUCCCGAAGGAACGAAUUUGGGGUUUCUGCUGAAACAUAAAAAUUCAGUACCAGAAAGAUCAAUCAAGGUUAAAUGUAUCCUCGUCUAUUAACCUUGGUUCGAUCUUUCAAUUCAUCUCAAUCUUCUAUUAUACACCACAAAUCCGUAUCUCCAUUUUUUUCAAUAAAUUUAUGUGCUGCAUCGUCAACAAAUGUGCAAUCUAACAAAACCGUAAAGCCUGAAUUUCCACAAACCCUAGAUGAAUUAAGAGAAAGAUUAGCAAAUGAAUCACCAUCGUUAAUGGAUUUUACACGUCUUCGUGAAAGUGAUGAAUAUUCUGUAGAUGUUGGUACUAAGAAAAAUCCAUUACCUAAACCGAAAUGGAUGAAAGAAUCAAUUCCUGGUGGAGCUAAAUAUGCUAAGAUUAAGAAGAAAUUAAGAGAUUUGAAUCUUCAUACCGUUUGUGAGGAAGCUAAAUGCCCUAAUUUAGGUGAAUGUUGGUCUGGUGGUGAAAAUGGUACUGCUACUGCUACUAUUAUGAUUCUUGGUGAUACUUGUACUCGUGGUUGCAGAUUUUGCAAUGUGAAGACAUCACGUACUCCACCUCCUCCUGACCCGAAGGAACCCUCAAAUGUAGCUGAGGCUAUUGCAUCAUGGGGUGUGGAUUAUAUAGUGAUUACAAGUGUUGAUCGAGAUGAUUUACCUGACCAAGGAAGUGGCCAUUUUACUGAGACAGUGCAGAAGUUAAAGAUCCUAAAGCCAGAGAUACUGAUAGAAGCACUUGUUCCUGAUUUUCGAGGAGAUUUAAGUUGUGUAGAGAAGGUCGCAAAAUCCGGAUUAGAUGUCUUUGCUCACAAUAUUGAGACAGUUGAAGAGCUUCAGAGUGUAGUUCGGGAUCACCGUGCUAAUUUCAAACAGUCAAUUGAAGUACUAAAGAUGGCCAAAGAAUAUGCUCCUGCUGGUACCCUUACAAAAACAUCUGUUAUGCUGGGUUGUGGUGAGACACCUGAUCAAGUGGUUAGAACAAUGGAGAAGGUGAGGGCUGCAGGGGUUGACGUCAUGACAUUUGGUCAAUAUAUGAGACCAUCUAAGCGACACAUGCCAGUUUCUGAAUACAUUACUCCUGAAGCAUUUGAGAAGUACCGAGUUCUUGGCAUUGACAUGGGUUUUCGAUAUGUGGCAUCUGGUCCCAUGGUCAGAUCUUCAUACAAGGCAGGCGAGUAUUACAUCAAAUCCAUGAUAGACACAGAUCGAGCCAAACCUUCUUCUGCACUUCCUGUUUCAUAAGGAAACCCCAGAUUUAUGUUGCUUAUUAGGUAAGCACUUCAAUAACUAAUCUCUCUCUCCAUUUCCUGAUUGUACAUUCAAUUCAAUGUAACCUUUUCAAUAUCUCGUCUCAUUUGUUGGGAAAUGCCAAUGAAGUUUGUUAUUUUCAUAAACUUUUGAUCAAUUGUAUCUCUCAGCUUCUCUGUGCAGAAAACAACCACAUUGCUAUUUAUGCAAAAUUGUCUUAAAGCUAGUAAUUAAUACUCAAGUUCGUCACA